UUGAACAAACCAACAUGUAAACAUUGUAAUUUUUUUUAUCUUUUAAUCCUGUUGAGGACAAGAACCUGUUCUACCUCUUCGUCCGCUAGUUGUACUGUACUGUACUGUACUGUACUGUACUAAACUGUCUCUAUUUUACAUUGUACAUAUUUUUAGUUUAAUUUGAGAGAAAAAUUUAUGAAAUGUGUGAACUUAUUAUAGAAAUGUUGGUUUUGAGCAAGGUAAUUUUGAAGUCCAUUUUAAAGAGGUUCAUUACUUAGGAAUCAAACUAUGGAAAUGAGUGUUCUGAUAUGCCUAAUAGCCUUUCUUUAAAGGGAGUGAAGAGUGACCGACAUGGGGGGGAGGUGGUUGUAAAUCGGGGUAGUGCAGAAAUCGGAUAUUGCUCAUUUUGGACCAAGUAUGCGUCUCUAGGAUUUAAGGAUUGCGGAGAACGAGCAGCUGGUUUAUUCAAUUUUUUCGUGGGGAAGAAGCGUUCGCGUUGAUUUAGUCAUUAACAAAAUUAUGAUUAUUUCUUUGAUUUCUAAAAGAAACAAAAAUGCUUCUCGACGAACUUUUUGGGCGCAUCUAAAAGAAUAUAUAUAAUUCAGUGCUUUGGAUCCACAAUAUUUUGGCUUCCUGGAUCUUGCGAUAAAAAUCUUUUGUUUUAAAACUCAAAACUGAACUAUUGAAAAUAAGAGAGAUUAUCAAACAUGACCUGAACUCUAGAUGUUGUACAGAAGUAAGUAAAAAAAAAAAAAAUAGAUGACCUGGAUCCGGAUCCGCAUCAAAAUUUAAUGGAUCCUUAGCACUGGUAUAAUUUCUUGUUUCCAUGACAAGUACUCAAUUACUUAAAGCAACAAUGUCUUAUUUUACUGAUUGUUUUGUAUAAUUUUUCCAGUUGGUACAAAAACGUUGGACAAUUUCAAGUUUUCGCUCCUAUAAACACAUCAGUGGUCUUAAAUGAUUUCUAAUAUUUUGUUCUUCUAUACUACGUUAUCAUUUCAUCAAUCCCUCUUUGCAGACUACACCCUUUAACGAUAAAGAUUGUUUUACAAUGAACCCUGUGUCAUUUUUAUAAACCGUAAAUGAAAAAAGUAUAUUUAACCCUGAAAAUAUGUAAGUUGAGAUAUGUAUCAGUUUUAAAACAGAUAUUGUUACUUCAUGUGUACAAAGAACAUUUUAAUUAAGUUUUUUCUUCAGAAAAAUGUGGACGAAAUUCGGACGGGACUGUUUACGAUCCAGUCUAAAUCUGUCCAUCCGACGCUUCAGUGAAAUAGAGAACCCGGAGAACUUUAAACGUCUCCGGGUAGAAGGGUUUAAAAGGUCCGGAGUUGAAAUGUAUCCGAGUGGAUACAAGAUAGACAGCAGUGUACGCAGUAUACUAGAUAGAUAUGAAAAGAUGGAGAAAGGACAAACCGUUGAUAAAUCUUACAAAAUUGCCGGAAUUGUUACAAAUAUUAGGGAUUCCGGCAGAAAAUUAAAGUUUGUUGAUAUGUUGAGUGACGGUAAGAAGAUCCAGAUAAAACUGCACAGUAACAGUUUCUUAAACCAGGAGGAGUUCGAGUUAAACACCAGGUGGAUGAAGAGGGGAGAUAGAGUAGGAGUUCAAGGGAGUCCUUGUAGAACCAAAUCUGGAGAAUUAUCAUUAAAUUCAAACCAUGUGACUCUCCUGGCUCCGUGUUUACACGUUCUGCCCAGCAGUCCUAUAGAGAAUCCUACCAAAAGAUUGAGUAAACGGUAUCGAGAUAUUCUAACCAACCCGGAGCUCCGUAGAACCCUGGUUUCAAGAUCAAACAUCAUCAAGUUCAUACGACAUUUCCUGGAGGAGAGAGAGUUUAUGGAGGUUGAAACUCCUAUUUUAGGAAAUGCUGUCGGUGGUGCGUCAGCAACUCCCUUCUUGACCUACCACAAGGAGAUGAAGUUGGACUUGUUCAUGAGGAUUGCUCCGGAGCUGUACCUCAAACAGCUCAUCAUUGCGGGCUUUGAUAGGGUUUUCGAAAUAGGAAAACUUUUUAGGAACGAGGGUAUUGACGCUAGUCAUAAUCCUGAAUUUACCAGCUGUGAGUUUUAUAUGGCCUACGCCGACUAUACAGAUCUCAUGCAGUUAACACAGGCACUUUUCUCCGAGCUUUGUCAGGCUCACAAUUUCCAACCCCGGCACGGUUCCAUAGAGCUUGAUUUUAUUAAACCUUACUCCAGGCUAGAGUUCCUUCAAGCUCUAGAGUCAGCUCUAGAUACUAAACUACCAGAACCUGCAGAUCUACAUCAUCAAGACUCAUUCAAGUUUCUACUGGAUAUUUGUACACGUAAAGAAAUCCCAGUUUCUGCUCCACUAACGGUUCCAAGACUACUGGAUAAACUGGCAUCAGCUCUACUUGAACCCAACCUAGUCCAACCAACUUUUCUCAUCAAUCAUCCCAUGAUAAUGUCCCCCCUAUCCAAACCUUCUCCUGGGAACCCUGAUAUAGCGGAGAGGUUUGAACUGUAUGCUGGUGGGAUGGAGCUAUGUAAUGCGUAUACGGAGUUAAAUGAUCCUGAGAUACAAAGGAAAACCUUAUUAACACAGAGUGGUAUGUCCGACCCUGAGAGUAUGCUCCCUGAUGAAGGGUUCUGUACCGCGCUGGAGUACGGUCUUCCUCCUACAGCAGGCUGGGGGUGUGGACUAGAUAGACUCACAGCUCUUCUAACUAAUACAACUAAUAUUAGAGAAACUAUCACAUUUCCUCUCAUUAAACCUAUUCAAUAAUCCUAUUCUUUUUAUUAAACAUUUUAGCUA